AUGAGCUGCAGUUCCCCGGGCCGCCGCUGACCUCCGGAUGGCGCUGCGGCAGAGUCAGGCGUGCUGUGUCUCACCACGCUCUCUCUUCCCAUAGACAUGGCGGCGCAGGCGGUUGUCAUGCCGCUGCUACGGCGGCUGCUAUGCCGGGUACCGGGGAGGCAGGUUCGCCCUCUGUGCUUUGGCACAUACAGAGUGAACCACCUGCGGGGAGAGGACGAGGAGCCGGCAGAGAAGCCCGGCGCGGAUAUAGGACGAGAUUCCAGGGAUCUCCUGAGGCAGUUCCCGGAGCCGAAGAGUAUACUGCACAACGUGCUAUGUCAGGCUCUGCGCACCUCGCAAGUCAAGGACAAACUGACGUAUAUCCACAGCAGCAGCGACCACAGCAAUAGAGUCAUCCUCCGCAUAAAAUGGCCCAAACUCAUCGAAGUAGAAGGUUAUGGCGUGAAAAAGAUUGACGCAGAGCGAGAGGCAGCGGCCGCGGCAUGUAAGAUAUUUCAGGAUCUGGGCUUGUUGGGAGCUGAGAAUAAGUUUAGACGCAGGAAGCUCAAGAGGUUACCCAACCAGUUCUGGUCAGAGGAUGAAAGUAUUACACAAGCAGGGGAGGAUGGUACAGGGGAAAUGAUGGAUGUGUUACCAAAUGUCAGCCAGGAACGGAACGUCGCCAGGAAGAACAUCCGAGAGCCCAGGCUCCCCACCGUGGAUGCAGCUGAAGAUGCCAAUGCCACCAGGGCUCUGCAUGUAUUCUCUAAUCCCAAACAACUACUGGCCACAGUGAUCCAAGUGGCCACCUCUUCUCCGAAUGCCAAGAAAUACAUACAUUACCAAUACGAGCGGGGCAGGAUCAAGACGUGCCGGCUGACCCUCCAAUGGCCGCACUCUUUAACCUUUGUUGCAGCUGGUCUGAGAGAGGCUGAGGCCACGAGGAAGGCUGCUGCCCUGGCCUGCCAGAAGCUGAAGGACCUCGGGCUCAUUGACACCAAUAACAAGCCCCUCACCCACGUCAUGUACAACCUGGCCUCCGUACAGAAGUUCCGGGAGCAGCAGAAACAGCCGAAGCACUUUCAGGUCCCCGAGCGCCUGCUGCAGAGGAUGGAGGAUUACUUCUUGAAGUAUCCUUUAGAUACUCCUGCAGAGUCAGGUUACCCGGAGGAGGACUACGCUGCGUCGCAGAUGGAAACCUCAGACGAAUCGUAUGACGCGCCCAGCACUUUCAGCGAUCCUAUCACAGGCCACCAAUACAGCCCUCUGUCGGAGGACAAAGCCUUACACGCCAGCCACAUGCUGGAGAACACAUGGAGGGACAAUCAGGGGAAAGUUCUGCAGGAGUUGCCGGCAGACAGACAUCGCGAGGCUAUAGUGUCCACCAUACAAAGCAAUCCGGUGGUGGUAAUUGCAGGAGACACUGGGUGCGGGAAGACAACUCGUAUCCCACGCUUCAUUCUGGAGGAGGCUAUCCUGAGCGGGCAGGGGUAUCACUGUAACAUACUGAUCACCCAGCCCCGCAGGAUCAGUGCGGUGUCUGUAGCUCACCGCGUGGGCUAUGAGUUGGGUCCCGGCCUACGUCGCAAUGUGGGUUACCAGGUCAGGCUGGAGAGCAGUCUGCCGCCCCGUGGGGGUGCCGCCCUCUUCUGUACUGUGGGUGUGCUCCUGAAGAAGCUGCAGAGUAACCCGGGCCUGGAAGGGGUGAGCCACGUGGUGGUGGAUGAAGUCCACGAGAGGGACGUGAACACAGAUUUUCUUCUGAUUCUGUUGAAACAUGUUCAGGAGCUGAACCCAAACAUCAAGGUGGUCCUGAUGAGCGCCACGGGGGACAAUGAGCGCAUCUCCCGGUACUUUGGGAACUGCCCGAUUGUCAGAGUACCGGGGUUUAUGUACCCUGUAAAGGAGCAUUAUUUGGAGGACGUCUUGUCGAUGAUCGAGAAACCUCACUAUCAGACCCGGCAGAUGCUUGAAGACUGUGUCCCUGAUCUGGAUCUCAUCAGUAAUGUCCUUCUUGAAAUCAACCAGCACGGAAAGCCAGGGGGCAUCCUCUGCUUCCUCCCUGGUUGGCAGGAGAUCCGCGGGGUUCAGCAGAUAUUGCAGGAGAAGUUGGCGCAUCGGAAUGGGCAGCACCUUAUUUUACCAGUUCAUUCUAACGUCCCUUUGAUGAAUCAACAAGUCAUCUUCGAGCGCCCUCCUCCGGGAGUGCGUAAAAUCGUUCUGAGCACCAAUAUCGCCGAGACCUCAGUUACCAUCGAUGACAUUGUGCAUGUUGUAGACACCGGGAUGCAUAAGGAACAGCGGUACGACCUCAGGACAAAGGUUUCGUGCCUGGAAACUACCUGGGUGUCCAAAUCCAACGUGACUCAGAGACGCGGGCGAGCCGGGCGCUGCCAGCCAGGAUAUUCGUACCAUCUCUUUACUCGCCAGCAGCACCAAGCAAUGCCUACGUUCCAGGUGCCUGAGAUUCUGCGCACUCCCCUGGAAAACCUGGUAGUCCAGGCCAAGAUACACAUGCCGGAGAUGACGGCUGUAGAGUUUCUCUCCCAGGCCCUGGAGAGUCCCGACCGGCACUCUAUCGCAGACGCAGUGCGGUUACUGCAGGAGAUCAUGGUGCUGAAUGAGCAGGAGGAGCUGACGUUACUCGGCCAUCGCAUCGCCAGUAUCUCUACUGAGCCCAGCCUGGCGAAAGCCAUUGUCCUGGCCUCCAUAUUCCGCUGCCUGCACCCGCUGCUGAUCAUCAUCUCCUGUCUGACCAAGGACCCGUUUCACGGUGGUCUGCUGAACAGGGCAGAGGUUAACAAGGUGAAGGCGGGAUUCAGCGGCGAAGCUUGCAGUGACCAUCUGGCCUUCGUCCGGGUUUUCCGAGCCUUGGAAGAUAUUUACAGUGGGCGGAACAGCAUUUCACGGGAGGACUUUAUAGAAGAUAACCUGCUCUCCAGAUCUGCACUGCGCUUCAUCAAAGGUCUCAUCUCGCAGUUUUCCACCAAUGUACGCGAUGCGUUCUUAGUUUCUGAUGUAAACGAAUGUACGAGUGAAUACGCUGUAUGCAACCAGUUUAGUAACCAGGAUGAGCUGGUGAAAGGAAUUCUAAUGGCCGGACUGUACCCCAAACUCAUACAGGUGGCACGUGGUCAAGUUCUCCGUGGGAAGUUCCGUCCCAAUAGCCUCGUUUACAAGACAAAGGCUGGGCCCGUCCUGCUUCAUAAGAGCACCGUCAACAGGGAUGCACACGCCUUCCGCUCACCAUGGCUCACCUACUUCCAGGCUAUGAAGUCUACUGGUGCCGUCUUUGUACGGGACAGUUCCAUGGUGCACCCACUGGCGGUCCUGCUGUUGACGGACACCUCGGUCUCCAUGAGAAAAAACGGGCAACAGAUGGUGGUCGCCAUUUCUGACUCGGAUCUGCUGAAGCUGGAAAGUGACAGCCGGACUAUUACGUUACUCCGGGACCUGCAUCGCACGCUCGCCCAGAUGGUGGACAGGCACCUGAGGGAGCAAGUCCCCCUUCUGUCACCCCAGGAGGAGGAGCAACAUUCUGACCUGCUCUCCUUAUUGGUGGACCUGCUCAACGGUACCGCGCACUGCUUCCAGGACCAACCAGAGGACAUGGCUGAGGAAUAGUCUCCCCACGUGUUCAGGCUUCAUCCGCACACAUAUAUUUAUUAUGUUCAGACUUUUCCUUUAUACUGUGCCUACGAGCUGUACAUAACGGGCGCACUGGCGGAGGUGCAAUAUUCUCCGGUGACUCUGCGUUUUAUGCAGGGGGACAGGUAAUGACACUUAUACACAGCGCUCAGCAAGUGCUGUAAUGACAGUUAUACACAGCGCUCCGCAAGUGCUGUAAUGACAGUUAUACACAUCGCUCCGCAAGUGCUGUAAUGACAGUUAUACACAGCGCUUUGCAGGUGCUGUAAUGACAGUUCUAUACAGUGCUCUGCAGGUGAUGUAAUGACGGUCAUACAUAGCGCUCUGCAGGUGCUGUAAUGACAGUUAUACACAGCGCUCUGCAGGUGAUGUAAUGACGGUCAUACACAAUGCUCUGCAGGUGCUGUAAUGAAGGUAUACACAGCGCUCUGCAGGUGCUGUAAUGAAGGUAUACACAGCGCUCUGCAGGUGCUGUAUUGCCUCAUUUCUGCUCUGGAAUCCAGAUUAAGAAUUAUUUUGUAAUUUGCUGCUGCACUGUUGCCAUAAAGGGUCCUAAAGUGUAA